AGUAACAAGUGUCUCUACAGUAAAUUAAGCUCAUCUGAAGAAAAGAUCGAGAGAGAGAGACGAAAAAACACAAAAUAAAAAGUAAAAGAAAAAGAAAAAGCCUUCCAGAAUCCAGAGAACCUGGGAACACUGGCAGCGAAAGCUUGCUACUGAGGAAACCUUCUUCUUGUUCGUUAGGGUGAAAUAAAAAAAAAACCCUAACAAGGUCGGUUGGGAUCUUCGUCUCCCACCUUCUAAUCUCUCUUAUUUAAUCUUUUUUUUCGUCCCAAAGUCCUGCAACCUUUGAAUUCCCGGGGAAUCAGGACUUCCACAGUGCGAUUUCUCUCACUUUCCGAUCUGUACUUCCACGCCGCGGAUCGCUCCAACGGAAUUUAGUUGAAGGAUCCCGGUUUUUUUGGUGGUAAAUUCGCUCGAAACAGUGGAACUUUAGCGGGACAGGCGGGGAAUGGAAGGAUUGGGGAUGCCAGGCAAGGGAAACGGUCGAAGAAACGAUUUUGGGGUUCUGUGAGAGAGUUGGAAGUGUCAUGUGAUCGAUUUUGAACAACUGGGAGCAGUUACGGCAUUGGAACAUGCGGCGAGCUUUACCUUCAUGAUGGAUUAUCUGCUACUCCUUUUUGGGUGAUGGAUAUCAUCAGUUUGGUGCUUGAGGAAAUGGGAGGGAUGGAAUCUUUCUGAGAGAGAGUGGCACGGCUGUGAAAGAUGCCACCUUCGACAGUGAUGCGGUUCUCUUCUGCGAGGGAGCAUCGAAUGGAGAAUGCGCACAAGAGGGGCCGCAGUUUUGAGAGCGGAUUACCUCUCAAAAACAAAGAUGAUGAUCUCGCCCUGUUUAAGGAUAUGCAGAACGGGGAAAGGGAUAACUUCUUGCUUCAUACUUCUUAUGAUUUCGAAGACUCUAUUUCAAAAUUAAGAGACUCUUCGGAUUUCAAGCUGGGCAUAACCACCAUUCCAGUUCGAAGAGAGAGCAGUGACCUGCUGAACGUGGAUGCUGGUAAAAAUGACUAUGACUGGCUAUUAACGCCACCUGACACUCCUCUUUUCCCAUCCUUGGAUGAUGAUGAUGUGCCAGAACCAGCUAAACCUUCCCAUAGGGGAAGGCCAAGAGCUCAACCCAUACCUAUCUCAAGAUCAUCCAUGACUGACAGGAUGAACAAGACAAGUAGAAGCAGCGCCAGUCCACAUCGACUAAGUCCUUCUACACGAUCUAGUUAUACUGUAAGUCAGUCAAAAGGAAGGUCAUCUUCUGCUCCUCGUUCUAGCCAGUCUCCAGCUUUGCGACCAAUCACGCCUACACGAAGACCCUCUACUCCUCCAAAUAAAACCUCAUCGCCUACUACAAGGUCUUCAACUCCCAUGUUGCGGAGGUCAAACUCUGGUUCAAGCUGGCAGUCAUCCUCUUCAGGAAAAAGGGGAGCAUCUCCUGUAAAGACAACCCGCAGAAAUUCAGCUUCUCCAGAAUUACGAGGAUGGCAAUUGAACCUCAGUUUCUCUUCUGAUGUGCCUCCAAACCUUCGAACUUCCCCAUCGGAUCACCCAGCAUCACAUAGAAGGGGUCUGUCGCCAGCAUCCAGAAAUUCAUCUUCAAAUUCUCGAAGGCAGUCAAUGUCACCAACAGCAUGUAGACGUGCCAAUUUGUCACACAGUCGAGAACAAGAUCACUUGAGUUCCCACAGUAGGGGCUCUGUAGCAUCUUCAGGUGAUGAUGAUUUUGACUCUCAGCAGUCGGUUGCCAUCGGUAUCUCUGUCAGCCCGACUGCAAGAAAAUAUGGAGUUUUGGGUAAUAGCAGAGCUAUGGCAUUUUCAAAGAAACCAUUCAGCACACUUUCUGCAAGUUCUGCCCAUAAAAGAUCCUUUGAUUCUUCACUUCAACAGAUGGAAAAUCACAAAAUUCCUCAGAAUAUGUUCAGGCCACUUCUCUCAAGUGCCCCAGCGACAAUGUUAUAUGUUGAGGAAGCAGAUAAUUCACACCAUGCUAUGAUCACCAAGAAUUCUUCACACAUGCAUACCAAAAAUGCAAGUUCCGAGCAAACUACCAGUAUUGCUCAUCAUAUUAUUAGCAAUAACUGUCACCAGAAUGAUCUGGCCAGUGGUUGGAGAAAAAUGCAAGAUCUUGACUGCCAAGAGGAAGCUUUUAUCUCAGAUAAGGUGCAUGAGAUGGUUGAUGACCUUGGGCAAUGUAGAUAUGAGAAUUUUAAUAGAGCUUUUCCAGCUAAACUCAAUUCAGAGGAGUUUGAAAAGUCAACUAGUAACCUUGGCAAUGCAGUGAGCAUUAAGACUGCUUCUGAAUCUUCAUAUAUUGCUGGUUACCAUUCUGAAGUUCAUUGUCAUGGAAUGAUGGUUUGCUUUACAUGUGGAAAAAAAUUCUCUAUUGUUGAAGUUGGUGGGAAAACUGAUGUUUGUAAAGAAUGUGCUCGAAAAAAAUACUUUUCUAUAGGAUUAACUGAAACUACCACACCCAUGACUCUGAAUAAAGCACUUCAAUCUGACAUGCCUCCUCGGACAGAUCAACUGUGUAGCAAGCUGCAGCUCAAAAUGGAGACGUCUGAAUUAUCUGAGAAGAAUAUUGGUCAGGCUGUGCUUAAUCACCAGGAAACAGACAAUGAGCAGGGUCCUGAUUGCAUUCCAGACAGUUUUCCUCUUCAGUUUGUGCUAGAUGAAAGGAAGAAGGAUCCUUCUGAACAGAAGUCACAUGAUCAGCUAGAAGUAGAUGCUACCAGGUGUCAGGAAAGCAAAUUCAAUAGAUCACAAGAUGGUCCCCACCAAAGCUUAAUGAUUGAUGAUCUUGAUGGACAAGGUGCAUCUGUACUUGUAUUGCAAAGGUCAAACAGCAAUAAAUUGGAUGAUGUGCGCGGGAGGUUAUUUUCUGCUAGAAAUAUAAUUUGUUCCAAUCCUUCUUGUGUGAGUGAAAAUACAAGUGCCAUGCUAUGCAGCAAUGAAAGGGAUAGUUCUUCAGCUUCUUCUGUUGAUCUGGGAUCAUCUGGACAAACAGAGGCUUAUGUUCAACAGCAGUUCAGCAGCCAGAAAGGAGAGAGAGAAAAUUUGAGAAGCGGUUAUGAUGCCAAAGCUCUAAACACUGGUCCAUCACUUUCAUCUGUUAAAAUAAAUUCCCAUGAAGCUCUGGUUCCCACCAAGAACAAAGCUGAAGAAAAGUUUUGCAGUUCUGCUGGAAGUCUGGAAUGUGAGGCCUUAGGAGACACGAUGUUGGUCACUGAAAAUCAUGGUGAUUCUUUGGAAACUACAGAAUUACCUGUAAACCAAUCCCCAUCUUUUAGGCAACUUCCGCAUGACGGGGGCCUCUCUGUUCAUGCUGAAUGCUGCAAGGAUGUAGAUGCUUCUUCUUCUAAACUUUUGAGUCACCCACAAAGUAACUAUUUGCAUGGUAUUCCAACCGUAGAUUAUUCAAAUGAUGAGGACUGUGUUUCAUGCGUGAGUGAUGAAAACAUCCAAGAGAAUCAUAGGAGAAUUACAGAUAAAGAAAAAUCUGUUGGUAUUCCAGAAUCCUCUAUAAUUGAGGAAGACUAUAGAAAGAGUAAUAUUUGUGAAAUUGACCAUAAUGAUGCUCCCAGACAUAGCUCUGGCAACCGGAAUAUGGGCCUUGAAAAUGAUCGUGGCUGCUUACAAACUUCACAAAUGGAGUGUACGGACUCUUACAAUACAAGGGUGUUAGAGGCUUCUUGUGAAUAUUCUGUUUCCACAAUGUCAGAGAAGGAUGUGUUGGCUUUGGCACUGGAUUCUAGCAUUAUCAAUCAUGCUCAUGGUGUCUAUGAAAAAUCAGCUGUAUGCACAGUAGAAGAUCCAAGGGAACAUAUAGAAGAAUUGACUGUAAUCAAGCAUGAGAACCAAAGGGGACAAAUAUCAAGAAGUUUAACUCUGGAAGAAGCAACUGAUACUAUACUCUUCUGCAGCUCUAUUGUUCAUGAUCUGGCCUAUAAAGCUGUGACCAUUGGGAUGGAAAAUGAGUUGAUGCUUAGUGAGGCCUCCCGCCCUACGGUUACAUUCCUGGGAAAAUCUGUUCGUGACCAAAGGGACUUGCAAAAGAUUUAUAGCAGAUGUACUCCAAAAUCACGUAGGGCUAAAGAGAGAAGGAUGAAAGGUGAUGCAUUUGCCCCAACUUUGGAUUUGGCAAACAAUGCAAGUAUCCAAGAGUCCACGCUCGUCAAUUAUGAGGUGACAAACAAAGUCAACAGCAUGAAACCUCCAGAGUUGGAAUCAAAGUGUAACUGUGCCAUAAUGUAGGGAUCUCAAGUUUCAUUGACAGCAUAUACUCAUGACAACCAUCAGACAGCUUCUCUUUUACUUGUAGAGAUCUAUACUUUUACGGGGCAGCCUGUUCACUCCAUUCAGAUUUAGUUGUGUAAAUAAUGAUGUGGUCAUGUGAAGUUAUUUGUUUUUUUUUCCCCCUAUAAGUUCACAAGAGCGAAGCAGAGGUUCAUAGGGGUUCCUGCCAUUUUUGAUUUCUCUUUCUGCUUUUGUUGUUCAGUUGUACUUUGAGCUACUCUUUUGAUUUAAUUUAUUAUUUUUGUAAUCUU